AUGACAAGUCCCGCUACAAAGAGCAGCUACCCAGACCAGUCCCAGGAAACACUCUGCAGGAACCCGUUCCUCAGUAUCAAGUUCUUCGUUUUCUGCCAUGGGCUCCUGCAGCUCUCCCAGCUCCUGGUCUCCAGCUAUCUGAAGAGCUCCAUCUCAACCAUCGAGAGACGAUACGGCCUCUCCAGCCUGACAUCAGGGCUGCUGGCAUCCUUCAAUGAGGUUGGGAACACGUUGCUGAUCGUCUUCAUCAGCUACUUUGGGAGCCGAGUGCACAGACCCCGUCUCAUCGGCUGUGGUGCCAUCCUCGUCUCCUUGGCUGGGUUCCUCAUGGCUCUCCCCCACUUCAUAACCGGGCCCUACGAGUUUGACAAGUCUGUUGCCAGCAUGUCCAGCAACACCACCGACUUGUGCCAGCCCGGGCCGCUGGAGUCUCGGGGGAACCUCAGCGCCGCUGCCUGCACCCCUCAUGCAGCCAAGGAGAACCACGAGGUUCUCCUGGUCAUGUUCAUUGCCCAGGUGCUGCUGGGCAUCGGCGGCGUCCCCAUUCAGCCCUUUGGGAUCUCCUACAUUGAUGACUUCGCCAGCGAGAGGAACUCGCCCCUGUACUUGGGCAUCUUGUUCUCUGUCACCGUCAUCGGGUCAGGGAUGACCUUCAUGCUGGGCCCUGCCGUGCUGCGUUUUCACGUCGCCAUUGACAAAGUCACCCAAG